AUGCUGGGAGAUUAAAUCAUACCUGUUUAUUGGGAAAAUUUUUAAGAAGAAGAGGAGGAGGAGGAGAAAAAUAAUUAUUAAGAUAUUUACAAUUCGGAAUAUAUAAACAGACUUAUUUUUCAAUAAGAGAAAGUGGAAUAUUAUGAAGUUUUAAAUAUUGUAGGAAGUGAUGAUUUCUACUAAUUAAUUAUGUCGCUUCUCGUAGGAUUAAUAUGGUUUUUUUCUGGUUUAGGACUUUAUUCUAUACCUUAUAUUUUUUAAAAUCCUAAAUUUAUGUGCUACGAAGGAUUUAGUUCUCAUGACCCUAUUCAGGCUAGUUAAACACCAUUGUUCUUUAACGCUUCUACUUCCAAUUAAAUAUUUGAUAAUUUACCUUUCAAAAAUAAAGAAGAAAUUUAGCAUCAGCACAAUCUCAUAUAAAGCUAGCAAUAGAACUAAUAAUUUCAUUAAUAUUAAUAAAAUGCUAAUUAAAUAAAAAUAGAAGAAUUGGAGGGUUAUGAAUGCUGGGAAAAUGAGCUUGCAUGCAGAAAAUAAAUUGUUAUUAUGAAUGACAGAUUAAAUUAAAUGAAUAGCUCACUGAUAACUUAAUUUUCUAUGUUUUGCUCUCAUUUUCACAACAAGAUUCUUAUACUCUCAUUUUUUUUUGCUGGAGCUUCGUUAGGAGUGAUGUUUAGCCAAGUUUUUAUAUCAAACAGGCUAGGCUAAGCUCUUUAAAUAAAGAUUUAUUUACUUUUGUAAUCAAUAAAUAUAUUCUGCAUGUGCUUCUUUGCAAUAGAUUUUAUUUUUAUAUGCUCUCAUAUUUUCUUUGCAGGAUUCUUUGGUUUUGCUCUAUGGAGUAUUUCAUAGACUUACUUGAGAGAUAUUUGCUCAAAAGAAUUCUUUAUUGAUUACAGGUGUGCUAUCUUCUUUCUCAAUACUAUCUCAUAAAUGAGUGUGACUCUUCUAUUCACAUUUAUCUCAGAGUGGAGAAAAUCUUUAAUUUAUGCUGUGUCUGUACCACUAGGAAUUCUUUUUAUUGCAUGUCUAUAUUUUAUGAUAGAAAAUCCAAGAUUUUUAAUUGGUCGCUCAAACAGCAAUCGAGUAUAUAAAGCUUUUUAUGAUAUUUUUUUAUUUAAUGAUGCUAGAAAAUUUUUUUCUCCACGACAAUUUGAUAUUGUUUAUGUCAAAAUGUUGGUAACCCUAAAGCUCUAUCCUCCAUAGAAUUAAAAUGGGAAUUAAUUAGAAGGGUAAUAAAAUCGUAGACAAAAUCCUCUAUCAUCUCCUUCUUCUGGAUCUAAUCUCUCUCCGUCACAAUUAAACAGAAAUUCUAAUAACCACAACAUAAACUUGCUAAGUGAAAUGAAUAAUAAUAUUAACAACAAUAAUAACUAACCUAACAGAAUAAACACAAAUGAUUUAAUGAAUAAUAGAAAUAAUACAGUUGACAAUUUAAGGGCAAAUACUUAGGAAUAAAUUAGAUUUAAUACCAUAGACAUUAAUAGAGUUAAUACUUAGGAUUACUAAAGAGCAAAUACAGUGGGCUCUCCAUUUUAUGCGUAGUAAUCGAAUAAGAAUAAUCUUUAAUGCUAAUAGCAAUAAGCUUUAGAUAAUUUUAGCUAGCCAUUCCUCUAAUAACAAUAAUAAAUUUAAUAAAUACAAUAACCUAAUUUAUAAAAUUAUUAUCAAUCUCAGAUAAAUAUUGAAAAUAAUAAAAUGGAGGAUAUAUUUUCAAGAAAGAGUAUAUAAAAUAAUAGCAACAACCUUAUGCUUUAAAAUAAGUUAGAUUUAUAAUCAUACAAUCGCAACAAUUUAGCUAAUCUAGCAGAAGACAAAUCAAUUGAUAAAAUAUCUUUGAUCAGUCUCCAUAACCCUACACCAGAGAUUAUGUCAAAUAUUUUCCUCAAAAUACCCUCAAACAAUUAAAUAAAUAAUUAGAACUCUACAAAGUUAAAUAAUUAGAAAAUGAAUGAGGAUAUUUAAUCUUUAAAUUCUAAUAACCCUUAAAAUUCUAACACUCAAAUAAAUUUUUAAAGCUCCAACAACCAAAUCAACCUUCAAAAUUCAUUUGUUCAACAAAAAAACUAAUUCAAUUUGUAAACAGCAACUAAUUAAUUUGCACAAUCUUAAUAAGAAAAUUAGCAAGCUUAAAUGAACAUUAACAAUCUGUAAACUGAAUAUUUUACUAGAAGUUAAAUGAAUCUAAACUAAAAUGAUAACAUAUAUAUGAAUAACAAUAAUAACACAAAUAAUAUCUUGAUCACAAAUAUGAAUAAUAAUCCAAUAUAAUUAACUACCAACAACUAUACAUACCAAGCAUUUACUCACAUCAAUAUGGGUGAAGAAUAAAAAAGUUAAAGCGAAGCAAUAAGUAAUAAUACAAUAGCCUACAGAUAAAACCAAAAUAUAGAAAAUAAUGUAUGUGAAGAGUCAGAGAAUUAGCAACCAUAUAAUGAAAAGUAAUAAUUUCAAGAAUAUUUAAAAAGAUUGAUAGUUUAUAUAUUUGCUAGUAGUGUUUUUUUUGGAAUGUAUUUCCUAUUUAUGAUGGAGAUAGAUAAAAUAGGAAUUAAUUUAUCUUACAAUAUCUUCAUACUAGGAUUUAGUGAGUUUAUAGGAAUUCUGUUUGCAGAUAAAUUUAUUGAAUUCCCUGACCCUCGUAAUACUGUAAAACAUUGUCUGUUCGUAAGCGGAAUACUUUCAACUUCAUUUAUCAUGAUGAAAUAAUCAAAAUAUUGUGAAGCAAGCCAUAUUGCAGUUUGCCCAGAAAAAAUAGUGCAACUCUUAUUCAUUGGUUUAAUAAGAUUUUCAACAAUCUUUGGCCUAUCAUUUUUAAUAAGAAAUUUUAAGUUGAUAGAAAACACAAGCUAAAUGAAGGAACAAACAUGGAAAUGGGUCAAUUCAAUAGGGAUAUUUGGAGUUUUUAUACCUCUAAUUAUUCUUUUGAUUACCAAAAGCAUUUAUUCAACAAUAUUUAUUUAUGGUAUCGUUUCUAUGCUAGUUUCUUUGUUUUUUAGAACAUGA